AUUGUCUAUGAAAUUAAAUCUGUUUUAAUUAUAAAAACAUUGGCGGAAAGCCGCAGGCAGGCUCUGAAACUGAGUCACUCAACCGUGGCAGUGUUGGUGGAGAGAAGAGAAGAGAAGAGAAGAGAACCCCUUUAAGAUUCUCACUUUCUUUCUCCUUAGAUCUUCUUCUUCAUACCCAUCUUCUUCUUUUUCCAUAACAAUCCUUCUUUUCUCAUCUUCAAUGGCUAUUGAAGAACCAGAACCAGCAGAACCAGAACAAGCUGAGAGCUGUGGUAGCAGACCACUCUUCUCUUCUUCUCACCCUCAAAGACAGAAGCUUGACAUGUAUAACGAUGUCCUUCGUCGAAUUCAAGAGAUCAAUCCUGUUCUUGCUUCUGUUCCUGACUUUGAUGAAGACCUCUGGCUUCAUUUCAAUCGUUUACCAGCUCGAUAUGCUUUGGAUGUGAAUGUGGAAAGGGCUGAAGAUGUUCUUACUCAUAAGAGAUUGCUUAAAUUAGCAGAAGAGUCUCUUAUUCAACCUGCUUUUGAUGUUCGAAUUGUUCAGGUCUAUCAACCAUUGAAUGGGAAUUCUGUGGAUUCUGUUCAUUCAGAUGCUUCACUUAAGGAAGAUGCACAAAGUUCUUAUCAUCCUGUCAAACAAGGGAUUCAUUUGCCACCUACCUUUGGUUCGUCGCCUAAUCUUGAAACGCUUGCAAUUCACACCGAUGACCCACAUGUUGUUGAAGAUGGAGAUACUUCCAUGAAUGAAAGGACUGUCUUCCAUAGCCCAUUGCAUGAGAUCACUUUCUCAACGGUUGACAAGCCUAAACUCCUUAGUGAGUUAACUGCAUUACUUGCUGAAAUCGGACUUAACAUUCAAGAAGCUCACGCCUUUUCGACUUGUGAUGGUUACUCUCUAGAUGUUUUUGUUGUUGAAGGUUGGCCUCAUGAGGAAACCGAGGAGCUAAGAGCUGCAUUGGCAAAGGGAAUAUCAAAAUACAAGGACCAAUCCUCGCCAAAACACCAACCGGUUUCUUCUAUCAGGGAACAUAAACAAGUUAAAAUCGAACCAGGUCUUACCUCUGUAGACAUUCCAACUGAUGAAACAGAUGUCUGGGAAAUCGAUACCAAGUUGCUUAAAGUUGAGGACAAAGUUGGUUCGGGUUCAUAUGGUGAUCUGUACAGAGGCACAUAUUGCAGUCAAGAAGUUGCUGUUAAAAUCCUCAAACUCGAGCGUAUAAACGCAGAGAUGCUGCGAGAUUUUACACAGGAAGUUUAUAUAAUGAGGAAAAUUCGGCACAAGAAUGUUGUGCAAUUUAUAGGAGCAUGUACACGACAUCCGAACUUGUGCAUUGUGACUGAGUUCAUGUCCAAAGGAAGCUUAUAUGAUUUUUUGCAUAAGCAAAAAGCUGAAUUUAAGCUUCCUUUUCUGCUCAAAGUAGCAAUGGAUAUCUCUAAAGGAAUGAACUAUUUGCACCAGAAUAACAUUAUCCACAGAGAUCUCAAGACAGCUAAUCUUCUAAUGGAUGAAAAUGAAGUGGUUAAGGUAGCUGAUUUCGGGGUUGCUAGAGUACAAGCUCAAUCUGGAGUAAUGACAGCUGAAACCGGAACAUAUCGCUGGAUGGCUCCUGAGGUCAUCGAACACAAACCGUACGAUCACAAGGCAGACAUUUUCAGCUUUGGAAUCGUAAUGUGGGAGCUUUUAACAGGGGAAAUUCCAUAUUCUUCAUUGACUCCAUUACAAGCAGCAGUAGGAGUGGUGCAAAAGGGUCUCCGACCAACAAUACCAAAAAACACUCAUCCUAGGCUUGUUGAAUUGCUUGAGGGAUGUUGGCAGCAAGAUCCAACCGAAAGGCCUAACUUCUCCGAAAUCAUAGAGAUCCUUAGGCAAAUAUCAAAGGAGGUGAAUGGAAAAGAAAGAUCAAGUGGGGGAAUUUUUUCAUCCCUGAAAUGGAACCAUCAUCACUAAUAUCAAAGAAGAGACAUUUGGGGGUGUAGAAAAUCUGAUCCUGUGCACAUACUGAUCAUGUUGUACAGUCUUUUUUUUUAACAUAGAACCAACCAACCAACCAAUCAAUCCUAUUGUUCUUUCUUAGUAAAUCUUUCUCUUUGUGAAUGGAUUUGAACAGCUUUAGUUUAUUUUAGAUUCCUUUCUUACUCUGCUGUCAUACUUGUCUGUCUUCAAUGUUUACAAAGUAUAUAUAUCUUAUGAAUAUGAUGAUGGAAUUAGUCAGCAAAUUGAGCCAUCUGUUUCUUACUUUCUUAAAGUAUUGCUCAUUUUGAAGAUGUAAGAAAUGAUAAUGUGUAAAAACUCAACAUUAUAUAUAUAAGAACAUGAGCUAUUCAGACUCA